CGAAGCUUCGCUCUGUGGAACUUUUGUGCCAUUACCAAAGAAUGGUGCUCUCUUUUUUUUUUCUUUAGGCAAUAUGUCACAUGCAACUCGCGUGGCCACCUGUUUCAGGGGAGUCGACUUGUUCCCUUUAGGGGUACCGGUGCUGGUGCUGCCCUCCACCACAUGCAGUUGAGCACGGCUGGAUGGACCUCGUCAUGGCAUUUGAUGUUGGCCGCCGUGCCGUGGUGGCUCGUUUGGGGGGAGAAGCCCAGGGGAUGCGAAAGCAUCAAUGCCUGCCGGCAGCCAGCCACUCUCCACGGUUCACAGGAGUGGCACCCUUCGCGAACAUAGGGCCUAAGAACUAUGACCUCUCACCGUAAACGCUAGUGCGAUCUUUUGCAAUUGAUUCAACCCCUAUCGUUUUCUUCGUCCACCUCGGUAUUGUCUGAAUACCCUCUCUUCCUUCGUCGACAGAGAUUGGUCAGCUUUGAUCGUACGUGUAUUUUCUGGAAAUGAGCAGUUCGAGCCUACAAGACCGCGAACUGCUGCUCAGGGGGCUUGGAGUCUGGGCGUCCGACCAUUUCUCGCGCGACAUCACCGAUCAUGUUGACAGCCAAGGAGCCCAACAGCCUCCCAGCUACUCGCGCAUUCAGGGCUCAUUCAGAAACGGAAAGCUCAACCACAAUAGCCCCCGCCGCGUCCCUGGAGCAGACCACACGGACCAUCGAAUCGAGGAGAUUCCACGGCUUCAGGAGCGAUGCAAUGCGCAGGCGCAUAUUUGUUCCCUCGUGGUGUUUACAUGUCAAGGCGCCGCCUUUCCAAUCCACCACUGCCUUCUCAAGCCGUACGCAUUCUUCCAGACACUCGUCAAGCUCCUCCCCAACGCCCCCUGCAUCGCCCUCCCAGGAAUCGACCGCACCGCCUUCGCCCUCCUCGCCGAGGUCCUCCUCUCUAGGCGCCUCUUCGCGGGCCACGAGACGCAUCUCAACCUCCCCCGCCUCGUCGUCGCCCUGCAGCUCGCCAUCCGCUGGAGCCUAUCUGCCGAGGUCGGCCUCCUCCAGUCCAGCAUCUGGGGGUACCUCUGGCGCCGCGUCCUCGCCAGCAACCCGCACCGCCGUCCUCGUCCUCGUCCAGGGGCGCCGGCCACGACAACAACGACAGCCGCCGCCGUGCGUCACGAGAUGCAAGCGUUGCGCGCGGAGGAGCUGUACCGGACGUGGUGCCUCCUCCUCUGCGGGUGCCCUCGCACGCAGCGCAUCGUCUCCGCUUUUGAGAUGGUCGUGCUGUUCGUCCUGGUCGUGCCGCGGAGGCUCUGGUGCGACUUCUUCCUCAGCGAUGUGGACCGCCGCUUCGAGCGCGCCGUGACGGGCGUAGCCGCGGCGUCGUCGAGUUCGUCAUCAGUGACCCCAGCAGGAGGAGCAGCAGCAGCAGCAGCCGUCCACGCCGGGGCGUUUGACAACGCGCGGGUCGUGUACAUACACGCGCUGGCCAUGUCCUCCGCGGGAUACGCGACGCUCCCGCCGCGGCCCCUGCUCAGUCUCACGGCGCUGCUGGACGUACAGGUGCCGCCUGACCACUACGUGAGCCCGCAUGACCCGAGCGACCCGGACGUGACGACGUCGUGGCCAGGGGCCGAAGAGGGAUGGGAGGAGGACGCCCGCUGGUUCUCAAAGCACCCGGCAAACAAUCUGACAAAGGGGGCACAUGCACACAGCUGAUGAAGAGACCUUCUUGACGGGCUAUGUAGGGAGGAAGAAGAGCUAUAUAAGUGGCCGAGGGUGAGAGACCAGUGAAAGAGCCGGCCAACUGGGAGGCUGACCAACCAACCGACAACACGAUUCAAAGCCCACAGCCGGGGGCUACUUGACCGCUUCCCAUUCCUAGGUUUUGUAUUGUGCGACUUGUAGAGGGAAAAGAUAACUCAUGUUGGUGAGAGGCGUGGCGGCGCAAACGGAGGAUCACUCAUGGCAUUCCACGCAUGUGCGGUGGGAAGAAAAGGGGGCAUGGCACAGAACCCGCGCGCCCCAACUUGAGCAUUACAUGAAUAAAGUUCUGUCGAGCAAUAUCUACAGCGAAUACAGCCUCAGCCUAUACC